UGCGGGGCCGUGAGGGGCCGCGGGGCCCGGUGCCGCCCCCCCCGCUCCCCGCUCCCCUCCCGCCCCUUCCCCGGCCUCCCCCGCCGCCGCUGCCAUGUUCCUGCGGCUGCUGUCCGACGUGCGGUGGCGCCCGGCCGCCCCCCGCUGGAGCGGGGCCGCCCGCUGCCCGCGGAGCACCUCAGCGGCCUCCUGAGGCGCCGCCGCCGGCCCCGCUGCCGGGCCAGGCGCGGGUGGUGGUGUGCGGGGGCGGCGUGGUGGGCGCCUCGGUGGCCUACCACCUCGCCAAGCUGGGCUGGAGGGACGUGGUGCUGCUGGAGCAGGGCAGGCUGGCUGCUGGUACCACCCGCUUCUGUGCUGGCAUCGUGAGCACAGCCAGGCACGUGUCCAUCGAGCUGAAGAUGGCAGACUACUCCAACAAGCUGUACCAGCAGCUGGAGCAAGAGACGGGCGUGCAGACAGGGUACAUGAAGACAGGCUCUAUAUCACUGGCUCAGACUCAGGACCGACUAAUCUCUCUGAAACGCAUUGCUUCAUCGCUGAAUGUAAUGGGGAUCCCGUGUGAAAUUAUCACCCCGAAGCAAGUGGCGCAGCUUCACCCGCUUAUCAACAUCCACGACCUUGUGGGGGCCAUGUAUGUGCCAGAAGAUGCACUCGUGUCCUCUGCCAACGUCAGUCUGGCUCUGGCGACUGCUGCCUCACGGAAUGGCGUCCAGAUCCACGAACGGACGAGCGUCAGUCACGUCUUGAUCCAGAAGGGCCGUGUGACUGGAGUUGAGACCGACCGAGGGAAGAUUCAGUGCCAGUACUUCGUCAACUGUGCUGGCCAGUGGGCCUACGAGUUGGGCCACUCUGGGGACGAACCAGUCAACAUCCCGCUCCAUGCCUGCGAGCACUUCUACCUCCUGACACAUCCUUUGAAGGAACCUCUGGCAAGCAGUGUACCAACUAUCGUAGACCCCGAUGGCAGGAUCUACAUCCGCAACUGGCAGGGCGGCAUCCUCUCGGGAGGCUUUGAGAAAAACCCCAAGCCUCUUUUCACGGAGGGACGGAACCAGCUGGAGAUUCAGAACCUCCAGGAAGACUGGGAUCAUUUUGAGCCGCUCCUGAGUUCCCUUCUGCGCAGGAUGCCGGAUUUGGAGGCCCUGCAGAUCAUGCAGCUCGUGAACUGCCCGGAGUCCUUCACGCCAGACAUGCGGUGUAUCAUGGGCGAGUCGCCCACGGUGCGCGGCUACUUCGUCCUGGCUGGCAUGAACUCGGCUGGUAUCUCUUAUGGUGGGGGAGCAGGCAAGUACCUGGCAGAGUGGAUGGUAAAUGGUUAUCCGUCAGAAAAUGUCUGGCCUCUGGACUUGAAACGCUUUGGUACUCUGCAGAGCAGUCGCACCUUCCUCCGGCAUCGUGUGAUGGAAGUAAUGCCCCUCAUGUGUGAUCUGAAGGUUCCCCGCUGGGACUUCCAGACCGGCAGACAGCUGCGCACCUCCCCGCUCUAUGACCGUCUGGAUGCCCAGGGGGCCAGGUGGAUGGAGAAGCACGGGUUUGAGAGAGUCAAAUACUUUGUCCCACCUGGGAAGGAUCUGCUGGAUUUGGAUCAGAGCAAAACCUUUUACAAGCCGGACUGGUUUGAUAUUGUGGGUUCAGAAGUCAAGUGCUGUAAGGAAGCAGUUUGUGUCAUUGACAUGUCAUCUUUCACCAAGUUUGAAAUAAGUUCCACGGGAGACCAGGCGCUGGAGAGUCUGCAAUACCUCUUCUCAAACGACCUGGAUGUGCCAGUUGGGCACGUUGUGCAUACCGGCAUGCUCAAUGAGAAAGGAGGUUAUGAGAAUGACUGCAGCAUUGCACGGCUGAGCAAACGCAGCUUCUUCAUGAUUUCCCCCACUGACCAGCAAGUCCACUGCUGGGCCUGGCUGAAGAACCGCUUGCCUAACGACAGCAACCUGACCAUGGAAGAUGUGACCUGGAAGUACACAGCUCUGAACCUGAUAGGCCCCCGUGCUGUGGAUGUCUUGUCAGAGUUGUCGUAUGCCCCCAUAACUCCAGAACACUUUCCCUCUCUCUUUUGCAAGGAGAUGAGCGUGGGCUACGCUAACGGCAUCCGUGUGAUGAGUAUCACUCACACAGGAGAACCUGGAUUCAUGCUUUAUAUUCCCAUAGAGUACGCCCUCCACGUGUACAACGAGGUGAUGAACAUGGGCCAGAAGUACGGCAUCCGCAACGCCGGUUACUACGCGCUCCGCAGCCUGCGCAUCGAGAAGUUCUUUGCGUUCUGGGGCCAGGAUCUGGACGCCUUUACCACUCCUAUGGAGUGUGGACGCGAGUUCCAGGUCAAGCUGGAUAAGGGAAUGCAGUUCGUCGGCCAGGAAGCGCUGCUGGAACAGAAGCAGAACGGCGUGUACAAGCGCUUUACCAUGUUCAUCCUCGAGGACCACGACACGGACAUGGACCUCUGGCCCUGGUGGGGCGAGCCCAUCUUCCGCAACGGCCGCUACGUGGGCAAGACCACCAGCAGCGCCUACAGCUACACGCUGGAGCGCCACGUCUGCCUGGGCUUCGUGCACCACUUCGACGAGAAGACGGGCGAGGAGCUGGUGGUGACGACCGACUUCAUCAACCAGGGCGAGUACGAGAUCGACAUCGCUGGGCAGCGCUUCCAGGCCAAAGCCAAGCUCUACCCCUUCAGCUCCCUCUUCACGCAGCGGCGCCGCAAGGACGAGGUGGAACUGAGCGGCUACCAGAGGGAGUAGAGCUGAGCACACCCCCGCUCCUCUUCCCAGGCUGGAGUCUCCUGCCACCAUCUCCCAGUCCUCUCUCCUCACCCCGCGUAUUUCUUUCUCUUCCUUUCUCGUCUUGCCACUUUUAAACUUUUUUCCAGCGUGUUACAUUUUGUAUAUUUUAAAACUUUUAACUCUCGAGCUUUCUCAACCCUGCCCGUCUCCCUCCUUCAGCCCUUCGCUUGCCAGGCUCCCCCGCGCCACGGUGGGGGAAGGGGAACUCCUUCACGGGAAGGAACUUCCAACACGGGAAGGGUCCAGGAGAGCUCCUGCGGACUGCAGCCCUUCUCUGGCCCCUCGGCUGAAGGCUGGGACUUCCCCUUGCUCCCCACAAACCACUUUGUAGAGGGGUCGGUGCGUUGGUGCGCGCAGCAAUAGUCUGAUCAGCUACCUCACUGGCACAAGGCGAAGCGCCGCGUGAGCAGCAGCGAGCGGACAGGUUUGGGUUAUCACCCAGCUUGUUCACCAUUUAUCCACCGUUUUUCCCUACCAGGGAGUCGAGUAGGCUUAACCAUCAGAUCCCUGGGGUGACAGUAGUGCUGGUAAGUUUUUUGGUGUUGUUCCCGUUGGAUUUUUUUUUGCCUGGGGUCGCUGAAGCUAGACGGCCUUCUAUAAAUAUAGCCGAAGAGCAGCAUGUGUGUUUGACUUCCGUAAAGGAAUGGGGUUGGGUUUUUUAUUAGCAAAAAUACCGAUUUCUAACAAGGGCAGAUGUUAGUGUUCAAUGUUCAUAGCACUGUUGAAAUGCUGCUUCUGUUUCAGCUGCACAGUGUACAGUCUCUGUGAAUAUUCCUUCACUUUCCUUUGUGUGUGUGUGGCUCCAUCAGGCUUGUCUGGCAGGGUUUCAUGUAAAACCUGUGUGUGUUUAUGGAACUUGAGCAGCAGGAGGGGAUGAUAUCUUGUGGUUUUGGCUGACUUCGGUUGUUCCAAAACUAGAGGAAAACCCCGCAGCGCUCAUCUCACCUGUGGGGCUGGGACGACCCCGAGAAACACGGGGGAUUCUGGUGGUGACAGCAGCUCCUGCAGGACUCCAGCAAGGUGUCUUCUGUUCUCUCCUCAAAUCUGUUGCACUUCUCUUUGUAGUACCUCUCCUGAAGGGAAUGAAAGAGGGAGUUUGGGGCUGUGGAAGUUGGGUUCCGAAUUGCUUCAGGUGGUUCAGGGGCUUCCCCCCUUCUUGGGGUGUCGGCGUGCUCCGAUUCAAGCACUGAUGCUGAAGAAAACGGGGAGUGCUGAGUUGUACCGCACGGAUUUACGCCCUUCCCUUCCCAAUGUGAGCACAAUCAGAACCGAAGACGUUCUCUGUUUACUGGAAGGAGACCUGGUGGGUGUUCUCCCUGCCUCUGGCACCCACACACUCAUCAUCGUCUUCCCACUGCUGCUGAUGCCAGCGUCCUUGGGGAGUUUAAUCACAGCUUGCACGGAGGCCAGCCCUGGCAGCAUGGGGAUCGCUUUGUAAUCCAGAACCUCGUGGGGCAUUUUCUUUUUCGCUUAACUGGUGAGCAUCAGUAGUGUAAAUACGAGCUCGAAACCUCUGCAAGUUGUUGCUUUGGGUUUUUCUGCUGCUUUAGUUGCUUUCGGUCGUGUCUUUGCUCUGCCAGCUCGUGAUGGAGAUGUUCUCAGCGCACAAAAGGAACUGGAUGGCCCUAAGGCAAGAAGUGCGAAGGGAAAAACCUUUACACCUUAAAAACAAGUUGUCAGAGCAAGUUCCCCCAUUCAGGGAGACGCAGAACCUGUGAAACAGCGGUGGAGAAUCGGGGCAGGGCGUAGGAUGAAGGGAGGAGGAAGGAUUCAAGCUAGUGGGCUAGGAGCUUGGACGUAGAUGUUGCGUCUUUGAGCGUGCUCUCCUUUGUAAACGGUGAAUUCCUUUGUAGCAUCUGGCCUCUUUAAGGGAUUUCAAACUAAACUUGAAAUGGACGUGCAAAAAUUCCCCAGGCUUCCCAAAUCCCUGGGUGCUGCUCUCCGAAUUGAAGUUGUGCCUGGUGUAUUAGGAUAAAGGGAUGGAAUGAAAGGGUGACGAGACAUCAGCAGGCUAACACCCAGUCCUUUUGUGCAUGGAGAGAUGUCGUGAUCCCACUGUGCCCGUUCUGGAUGCACGUACCAAGGAGGACCUCUACCCUACAGGCACAUUACCUGAAAAUCAUGCACUGGGGCUCUCGAGGAGGAUGCCUGUGCCACGUGUUGUCGCUGGAGGGACAUGAGAGGCUUCCCUGGGAGGACACCAAGUGACACCAAGUGCUAGCUGAGGCAGGCUGAAGUACUGAAAGCAGCUGCUGGAGAGUUCUCAGCUAAACCACUCUCUCUGGCGAGUUAUAAUUAGUACAGAGCAAACCAAAAGGUCAGCAGCGUGUGUCCUCUCGGUGCUGAAGCAUCCCUUCAAUUGCAGCCAGGUUAUAUUCCUCUUCGUGUUUUUUUUUCCCCUAUUUUAUAGGUUCCCCUUCACUCCUCAGAUAACCUGUGAUACGGUUUUCUCUUCCCGCAGCAGUCCUGACAACAAAAAUUGUGUUUUGCGAGCUCCUUCUGCCGUUACGACUGCUCGGGUUUAUUUUGUGUCUAGAUCUAUCAGUACCAGGAGCAGAGAACAAGGAUAAACGUGCAUCUUGCAGGAGGUAGGCAGUGCUCUGCAGCGUCAGCCUGCUGCUGGAGGCUGCUGGCAGUCCUGCGGCUCGCAGCUGCUCCUGCUCUCCCUGUGAUGAGUUCUGGUUCUUCCGUGUCUGAACCUGGAGGCUUCAGCUGCUGCUCGAGAUUAGUCUGCGACUUCUGGCAGGUAUUUCUGGCCGUACCCCGAGUCGUCUGUCUUCUUCAGCUCGGGUGGCAGCCGAGGGGACAGCUGGGUGGCAGCUUUUAGGACAGGGCCAGAUGCUGGGGCUGAGCGAGGUGCCUCUGGCGCAGGAGGAGCAGCAGCAGGACGGGGCGCACACCGCGUGUGGUGGUCGCAGCAGUGUCUGGUCUCCGAGUCUCCCUUCCCCAGCGUGAGCAGCCCUGCAGGUUUCCUCCAUCCAGGCACCUUUGCCAAGACUGAGGCUUGAAGGGAGGUUGGCUGGAGUUUGCUAUGAGAAAGGAAUUCAUCUUUUUGGCUGAAAUACGGAGGUGGAGCAUAACCCACAUUAGGAUAACCGUGUUACUCAUCAGUGACGACCAUUAAAUGUGCACGUGGCACUUGUAGGUGUGCUUUUUCUUCCGCAAAAGCCAUAUUUCCGUGGGUUUGCUGACAGUGGUGCAUCCACCCUGCUGUGGGGUGUCCCUGGAGGCCAGGAAGGUGCCGCUUGGCCGAGGAGCGCGGGGAGCAGGCGCCAGAGGCAGCGCUUUGUGGGCAGCCCGCUCCAGCUCCCCUCAAUGACUUCUCCAGGCGUGCUACGUGGCCUCACCCUUGUGUCCUUGCCUAAGCUCUCGUAUUUUUCAGUCCCUGAGGGGGUGCUGAAACGCUGGAGUAAACCUGGUGUUAGAGGAGAAGGACUCGAUGGUUUGUCUUUGGUGGCCUGAGGUUAAAAUCAAAGCUGCGCAUUCGGAAACAUUUUCAGUUCCAGGAGUGUGUGCUGUGGUGAUUUUUCACCUCUGUCUUUGCCGGGCUUAUUCCUCCUCGUCUGCUCCGUGCUGACACCGGUGUCUGGAUCUGACGGGCCGUGCUGGGGCAGUUGUUGCUCCUCUGUUAGUGGCGAGGAGCAGAGGCCUUGUGCCUGCAUCUCCAGGUCUUGCUGUAAGCAUGGGUUUGGCUUCCCCCUUCCCGCUGCUGUAUUCAAGCUGCCGCAGGUCUCGUUGCUGUUCCCCUGACACCCCCAGCUUGGCGGGUGCUGGGACCUCUCGUGCGCAGCCUUCCUCUCUUCGCCCUGCCCGGCGCCUCAUCGCCUGAGCCAGCUUUGCUCCAGAUCUGUCUCUUUGCAUCAAUUUCAGCUCUGCAGCUUCGAGGUGGUGCCACCGCCCUGCCUCCCGCGGGCUUGUGGCUCUGCCUGCAGCUGCCUUCGCUCUGGGACUACAGCCCCGUCCCCUGCAAGCCUCUCCUUGGGGCCUGGAGAGCUCAUUGUGCAGGAAGCUGGACCGAGAGCCAGAUGAGGUGAAAAAUAACACUAUUUUUUAAAUCCUAUCCUCCGUUUAGAGCAGUGCAAGCUCCAGGCGGAGCUGGGGCAGCAUUAGCUAAGAACCAAGCAGCCAGGCACGGUUCCCAACAUGACUUUUUUCCCCGCUGCUUCUCCUUCAGGUGGAGGAAGCCGUGCCCUGAUGGAGGAGGUGGGGAGCGUGUAUGGGGUUGCCCAAAACUCUCGUUUCUCCCCGGCGUGUUCCUGCAGGCAGCAGCUAACCAUGCUGGUGCAGCGCUCACCUGGGGCUGCCCGUAGCCUUCCAGCACGCUUUAACCAAAACGUUUACAUUUUGAGAAGAAAUGUCCAAAAAAAUAAAAGCAGUUUUCCAUGUUUGGAAAAGAAAUUGCUUGAAAGGGCAGAGGCCUUUCUUGUUUCAAACAGAACGCUGCUGCUGGUGGAGUCCAGCAAAAACUUCUUCACCUUCGGAUUUGUCUUCCCAAAUGUUUUUAUUGUCAUACUUGAUCGCCUUGAUUUUUUUAUUUUUUUUGCCCACGUCGGGAUGCUUUUUUUGUGUUAAGCUACCAUUUCUGUAAGUGUUUGUUAGGGCUGGUUGCUUCUUUUUUUUUUGUUGCUGUUGUUUUGAAUGUGCAGGCAGGAAACGGGGCGUGGGGGAGAAGGGAUUCAUGUCACCAGACGACUCCAAGCUGUCUCUGAAAAGCAGUUGGGAAUUUUCUUUGCACUUUACACUUUUCCUUAAACGUUGUGAUUGUAGCGUGCUUAGAGCCCUCAGCGAGUGCAUUUGAGGGAGGGAAAAAAAACCAAACCUUUACGGAUUUGUAAAUGCCUUAAGGCUUUUUGGCUGGGUGUUUGUGCACUGCCCGUGCGUGCCGCUCCGUUUCUUGCUGUGCUCGGGGCGCACGGGGCAGGCCGGGAGAGCCUUGGCAGAGCCUCGGCGCCUGUUCCUCUUCCUCCAGAAGUGGGUUUAUUCAGGAUGUUGCUCGUGCUGUAGCAGGUUCGAGGGUUUCUCAGUGCUGGGGACCUCGUUUGUGCUCAGAUGGCCGCGACUCCUCAUCUCCUGCUCGUCCCAGGGCUGCGCUGCUGCUGGCGGGAUGGCUUCCGAGCUGGCGUCGCCUCGGUUUGGGCACCCUGCCCGGUCCGAGCGAGGCAUCUCCGUGAGGAGGAGCGGUGAUUUAUAACAGAAGAGGCUCUGGGGAAUGGUGCUCGCUCAUAUUUAUUGCUUUGGCCGAGCUGGUGACAGCUGACCCUCCCACGCACGUGCUUGACGCCGGCUGCGCCCGCCAGCAGCAUGGUUACCCGGCGGCCACCACCGACGGAUGCUCCGCUUCGCACGGACAGCAGCAAGCCCUGAAUCCUCCUGCCACCAGAACCCGAGGCAAGUUCACUUCGAGUCCCCAUUCUAUCCGAAAAAACCCUUUCUAGUGCCUUAUGCUUGCGAAUGUCGUGCAAUGGACGUGGCUGAGGCGGCCCAGGUGAGGUUUCCCCGACCGCUGCGCCCAUCGCAGGGCAACCAGCGGCUGGAUCCUGGCAGCGUGGUGACGCUUCCCAGUCCCUUCAGCCGUGGGGUUUGUGAAACAUCCCCCCGGGGGCUGCCUCGGGGGGGUUUGGGGGAGGCAGAGGGGUUCUGAGGGCUGCGCCCAGCUGUGGGGUGAGGGGCGGCAGUUCCCCAGUGCACACAGAGGGGUGAGCUCGCUGCUCGCCUCCGAGGCCGCGUUAUUUCGUGUGCUGUAUUUAUAUCGUGCUUUACUUCAUUUAAUUUUUUUUGGUUGGCUUCAACGUUGCUGGGUUUGUAUAUUAAUAAAGAGGCGUUUUAACUACUCCCGAA